AAACCGCCAUCAUCUCCUUAACCCUUAGUAAGUGCCGUCCAUUUAGAUAAUUCACCAAGAAAUCUGGGUAACACGCUGUGUGUGUCUGCUCCAAAACCACCACCGCCACCAUCUCCUGGGCCUCUCGUAGGCGUCGUCGACGAGCUCACCGGAUUCUACGAUGGCGAAAUUGCAGCGUGGGCAGCCAAGGAAGGAUGGCAUGGCACAGUAUACCAAUUUCCGAGAACAGGAAGUGCAUGCUCUUGCUAAGGAUCCAAGGGUGGAUUACAACGAUCCUCGUAUCACAAGCCCCCCGCUCAAAGAUGGCGACAGUAUUAAGUGUCGUAUCACCGGCGCUGGUUUAAAUGGUCUUCAUUACGCAGGCCGGUUGAUUGAAGCGGGUUUCAGCAGCAAAGAUACAGUCCUUGUUGACGUUGCUAAGAGCUUUGGUAGUACCUGGUACUGGAAUCGUUAUCCGGGGCUUAUGUGCGAUGUUGAAGGUUACUGCUAUCUUCUGUUUCUUGAAGAAACAGGAUAUAUGCUAGAGUAUAAGUACUUCUAUAGUGCUGAGAUCAGAAAUCAGAUUAAGCAAGCUGCGUCCCAUCACGGAAUGUCAGGUCAAUUUUGUACAAAGAUUGACCCCCAGAUUUGGGAUAACGACCGGAAACAUUAAAUUGUAAAGAUAACACGUAUUGUAGGCAGAACGCUAAAGUCAGCAAGCUUUACCGUAGACGCCUGUCGCCGCAGGAUUUCUUGCCAUUCCCAAGAUCCCAAAGCUUCCUGGUUGGAAAGAAUUUAGCGCACACAAGCACGCAUUCCAUACAUCUCGUUAGGACUACAACUACACUAGCGGGUCUCAGGCAAAGCCAGCUCUGACUAGCCUAAAGGGAAAGCGUAUUGCUAUCGUUGGAACUAGCGCAACAGCUAUCCAGGUUGUCCCUAAGUUAGCCAAA